CGAGUGGGCGUGGCCUAUGCCGCCCUCCCAGCAUGGCGGCCAGAGAAGGGGGGGAUUUCGCCGCCGUUCCGGUUCCUCCGCCGGUGAGCUCGGCGUUGGUCGGGCGGGGGGUUCCCGAGGGUCUCCAGCUGACCCCCGCGGCUCGAAAGUCGCAGCCGUCGGACCUGGUGGCUUUAGCCGAGCAAGUGGGGAAGGCGGAUGAGUUUGUCCGAGCGAACGCCUGCAACCGGUUAACCGUCAUUGCAGAACAAAUCCGAUAUUUGCAAGAACAAGCCAGGAAGGUUCUGGAGGACGCUAAAAGAGACGCCGACCUUCACCACGUGGCCUGUAAUUUUGUGAAGAAACCUGGAAAUACUUAUUACCUGUACAGGAGGGAAAGCGGCCAGCGUUAUUUCUCCUUGCUUUCCCCAAAGGAGUGGGGAGCUAACUGCCCCAGCGAGUUCCUCGCUGCCUACAGACUGCAACACGACCUCUCCUGGACCCCUUCGGACGAGGCGGAGAAACGGGACACCGAACUCAACGUCUUGGAGAAGCUGCUGGACCAACAAGCCGUUUUGGCCCCUUGCAGCGAGCCCAAUUUUCGCGGCCUUACGAUGUGACGGCGGUUUUGUUUCUUUCCCCCGCCACGAAAUUAAGGAGACGCCCGGUUCUCCUCUUCGCAAACCGUUCUCUCUCCUGGCUGCUUUUGAAAAAUGAAAGGAGGGGGGGGGCAGAACGACUGGAGAACAACUUCCUCUUCGAUACCCAUUUGGAAACUUUUUGCUGAUUUUUUUUUUUUAAAAAUUGGGCGGAUUCCAGUUUUCCAUCUUUGCGGUUUUAGCCGUUUAGCGAUCGGACGGCGGCCCGAGAAAGUCAUUUUAGCCUCAUUCCGUGUCACCUCCUGCAAGGGACAGUCCAAAUUAAGGCUGCCUCUCCUUUUUCCCCCCCCAAGCUUGGAAUCCUCUUGCUCUUCAGCAGAGAAGGUACGAAGAGGUGGCAGGAGCCUUGGAGGUCAUCUAGUCCCACCCCAUUCCCAGGGAUAAGAUCCACCACGACAAAUGUGACUGAACUCCAUGGGAUAACAACGCACCAUUAAUUAUAUGUCUUGCCUUCCCAAUGGAGAAGAUUUAUUUAUUUAUAGAAUGAAAAUUUCCUCCCCACCUCAUUUUCUCAAUAACUCUGAGGUAGUUUGGACUGAAAGAAAACCAGAGGUCUUUUUUUUUUUUUUUAAAUCAGAAGAAGGAGAUUUAACUAAUAGUUUUAUUUAGCUGGGAGUUCCAUGACAUUGAAGAUAAAAUUCUCUACCUACAACAGAUUUAUGAAGAAUGUUUAACACGGGGAAUUUUGAGUGUUCGGUAUGAGGCAACAGUUCUUGGUCCUAACAGUUUGGAUAUUUAAAUUUUUUUUUUAAGAACCUAAAAAUGAACAGAAACUAGUUGAAACAGAACAAAGAAAGAAGGAAAGAGAAGGGAAAAAGUAAACACAAACAUGCAUCGAGAAACAAUAAAGAAACGCAAAGAAAUUUCCGAUUACAGCAAACCUAAUUACAAAAUGAUCUUGCUUCAGGAUUACAAAAAAGGCUCCCUUUUUCCCCAUUUUAUUCCCCCUAAUCAUCAAAACCAGGAGUGUUGUCUUUUUUUUUUUCUCGUUUCAUGCAAAAUGAAAUGAUUUUGGGCCUGUCCCCUAUCUCUCUCCACCUACCAGAGCGGUUGUCGUCGUGGGGAAAAUAGGAGGAGGAGGAGGAAGGACGGCCAGAUACGUUCGCUGCCUUGAAUUAUUUAUAACAAUAAUGGAAUUAAAAAAAGCCUAAUAAAAAUAAAAAUGUCACAACUUUUGAGCAUCCCUAAUGUCUGGAAAUUGAAAGUGGAAAAAUUGGACACACCCUAUAAAUAAAUAAAUGUGUCUGUA